CGCGAGGCCCAGUGGAGAGGAAGAAGAAAAGCGAGCAAGAUGGCGCUGACCAGUUUUUUACCAGCACCAACUCAGCUAUCUCAGGACCAGUUAGAAUUGGAAGAACGGGCACGAUCCCAAAGGGUGAGACAGACUGCAUUGGUAUCAUCACGAAGGGAGCCUCCCCCUUACGGUUAUCGAAAAGGAUGGAUACCGCGAAUGCUGGAGGAUUUUGGAGAUGGGGGCGCUUUCCCGGAAAUCCAUGUUGCUCAGUAUCCCCUGGAUAUGGGCCGAAAGAAGAAAAUGUCCAAUGCAUUAGCUGUUCAAGUGGAUGCGGAAGGAAAAAUAAAAUACGAUGCUAUAGCUCGGCAGGGACAGUCAAAAGACAAGGUCAUUUACAGCAAAUACACAGACCUUGUUCCAAAGGAAGUUAUGAACGUUGAUGACCCUGAGUUGCAAAGGCCUGAUGAGGAAGCCGUCAGAGAGCUCACAGAAAAGACUCGAUCAGCCUUGGAAAAAUCUGUCUCCCAGAAAAUUGCAGCAGCCAUGCCAGUCCGCGCAGCUGAUAAACUAGCUCCAGCUCAGUACAUCCGGUACACGCCAUCACAACAGGGUGUGGCCUUCAACUCUGGUGCAAAGCAGAGAGUUAUUAGAAUGGUGGAAAUGCAGAAGGAUCCCAUGGAACCACCAAGAUUCAAGAUUAACAAGAAAAUCCCUCGUGGACCACCGUCUCCUCCAGCACCUGUAAUGCACUCUCCCAGCAGAAAGAUGACUGUGAAGGAGCAACAAGAAUGGAAGAUCCCUCCCUGUAUUUCAAACUGGAAAAAUGCAAAGGGUUACACCAUUCCACUAGACAAACGUCUGGCUGCAGAUGGCAGAGGACUGCAGACUGUUCACAUUAAUGAAAACUUUGCCAAGUUGGCUGAGGCUCUCUACAUUGCUGACAGAAAGGCUCGUGAAGCUGUGGAGAUGAGAGCCCAGGUGGAAAGGAAGAUGGCCCAGAAAGAAAAAGAGAAACACGAAGAGAAACUCCGUGAAAUGGCCCAGAAAGCCAGGGAGCGAAGAGCUGGAAUAAAAACUCAUGUGGAGAAAGAGGAUGGAGAAGCUGGAGAACGUGAUGAAAUCAGACACGACAGGCGGAAAGAUAGACAACAUGACCGGAAUCUUUCCAGAGCAGCCCCUGACAAGAGAUCAAAGUUGCAAAGGAAUGAAAACAGAGAUAUUAGUGAAGUUAUUGCCUUGGGUGUUCCUAAUCCUCGGACAUCCAAUGAGGUCCAAUAUGAUCAGAGGCUCUUCAACCAGAGCAAGGGUAUGGACAGUGGCUUUGCUGGAGGAGAAGAUGAAAUUUACAAUGUCUAUGAUCAGCCUUGGAGAAGUGGUAAAGACAUGGCUCAGAAUAUCUACAGACCCAGUAAAAAUGUAGAUAAGGACAUGUAUGGUGAUGAUUUGGAGGCACGAAUAAAAUCUACAAACAGGUUUGUUCCUGACAAAGAAUUUUCUGGCUCAGACCGCAGACAAAGAGGUAGAGAAGGACCAGUUCAGUUUGAGGAAGAUCCUUUUGGCCUGGACAAAUUCUUGGAGGAAGCCAAACAGCAUGGGGGUUCGAAAAGGCCUUCUGACAGCAGCCGUCCUAAAGAACAUGAGCAUGAAGGCAAGAAGAGAAGGAAAGAGUAAGGAUUUGUCCUUCUGGAUAAUGAAACUGGAUUUAAAAUUA